AUGUCAGACAUUUCAUCAAAUAUUUUAAAUAGAAAGAAAGGUUUCUUGAUCCUUGAGGAUGGUUCAAAGUUGGAGGGUUACGUUUUUGGUGCACACAAAUCAGUAGUUGGAGAAUGCGUUUUCAGUACUGGUAUGGUCGGUUAUCCAGAGUCGAUCUCCGAUCCAUCCUAUACCGGACAGAUCUUGGUGUUCUCCUAUCCGCUGAUCGGUAACUACGGUGUGCCAAGCUUCAAAGAGGUCGAUCCACACUCAAAGUUGCCAAUAAAUUUCGAAUCGGAGCGUGCACAUUGCCAAGCGAUCAUCGUAUCCGACUACACCGACGACUAUUCACAUUGGGCUGCCGAGCGUUCGCUCUCAGAAUGGCUGGCCGACUCUGGCAUUCCAGCGUUGUACGGUAUCGACACACGUGCUCUCAUCACCAAGAUUCGUGAGACCGGUUCACUCAAAGCCAAGGUCGUUAUGGCCGACGAGCUCCAAUCGAUGGCCACCGUGCCAUUCGAAGACAUCAAUCUUCGUAACUUGGUCGCAGAGGUGUCCACCAAGUCGGUGCGUACAUUCGAAGCCGCUCCUGCCGUCAGAAAGAACAAGCGUGUCAUCGUCUUGGAUUGCGGUGUUAAAUAUAAUCAAUUGCGUUGUCUUUUGAAUCGUGGUAUGGAUCUCAAGGUGGUGCCAUGGGAUUACGACGUCGUCGCCAACGAGAAGCCAGAGGACUGGCACGGACUUUUCAUUUCCAACGGUCCAGGUGACCCUUCGCUCUGCGGUAAGGCAAUCGAUAACAUUCGUAAAGUAUUGGCUUUGCCAGCCGCCAAGCCAGUGUUUGGUGUCUGUAUGGGUAAUCAGUUGCUGGGUUGGGCUGCCGGCGCCAAGACACACAAGAUGCCAUUCGGUAAUCGUGGUCUCAAUCAGCCAUGCGUCGACCAACUCACCGGUCGUUGUCACAUCACCUCACAGAAUCACGGUUUCGUCAUCGACACCGAUUCACUGCCAGCCGGCUCCGGUUGGAAGACCUACUUUAUCAACGCCAACGACGGCUCCAACGAGGGUAUCUACCACGAGAGCAAGCCAUUCUUCUCUGUACAAUUCCAUCCGGAAGCUAAAGCCGGUCCAACCGACACUGAAUAUCUCUUUGAUAAUUUCGUUGCCUACGUUCUCGGUGAGAAGUCCGACUCGCCAAUGAACCGAUCCAAGCGUAUCGAGACACCAAAGAACAUCAAGAAGGUAUUGCUCUUGGGUUCCGGUGGUCUUUCCAUUGGUCAAGCCGGUGAGUUUGACUAUUCCGGUUCACAAGCUAUCAAGGCGUUGAAAGAGGAGGGUAUCAAGACCGUCUUGAUCAAUCCAAACAUCGCCACUGUACAAACAUCGCCAGGUCUUGCCGACAAGGUUUACUUUUUGCCAGUGAAUGCCGAUUCCGUCACCAAGGUGAUCAUCAACGAGAAGCCAGACGGUAUCUUGGUAACAUUUGGUGGACAAACCGCAUUGAACUGCGGUAUCGAAUUAUAUAAAUCAGGUACAUUGGAAAAGUACGGAGUUAAAGUACUCGGUACACCAAUCGACACAAUCAUUGCCACUGAAGAUCGUGGUAUUUUCGCAGAGAAGCUCGAAGAGAUCAACGAACACAUCGCUCCAUCGAUGGCAUGUAACACCAUCGAAGAGUCACUCUUCCAAGCCGAGAGAAUUGGUUAUCCAGUUAUUGUGCGUGCUGCCUAUUGUCUAGGUGGUUUAGGUUCAGGUUUUGCAAAUAACAAGGAGCAAUUAACAAGUUUAGUAACAGAGGCAUUUGCAACAUCAUCACAAGUUUUAAUUGAAAAAUCAUUAAAGGGAUGGAAGGAAAUCGAAUAUGAAGUAUUGAGAGAUAGUCAUGACAAUUGUAUUACCGUUUGUAAUAUGGAGAAUUUCGAUCCACUCGGUAUUCACACUGGUGAGUCGAUUGUAGUUGCACCAUCACAAACACUGACUGAUCGCGAGUACCAAAUGUUGCGUGAGUGCGCUAUCAAGACUGUUCGUCAUUUGGGUGUAGUCGGUGAGUGCAACAUUCAAUACGCGCUCAACCCAGACUCAGAGGAAUACUGUAUCAUCGAGGUCAAUGCUCGUUUGUCACGUUCAUCCGCUCUCGCUUCAAAGGCAACCGGUUACCCAUUGGCUUUUAUCUCUGCCAAGGUUGCUCUCGGUUACGAUUUGGCAACUCUGCGUAACACCAUCACCAAGAAAACAACAGCCUGUUUCGAACCAUCGUUGGAUUACUUGGUUGUCAAGAUGCCACGUUGGGAUUUGAAGAAGUUCAGUCGUGUAUCCAACAAGAUCUCGUCAUCGAUGAAGUCUGUCGGUGAGGUCAUGUCGAUCGGUCGUAAAUUCGAAGAAGCCAUUCAAAAGGCAAUUCGUAUGGUUAUGGAUGGCGGUGUCGAUGGUUUCCAAGCUGGAAUCUACCCAACCUCGGACGAGGAGCUUGAAAACCCAACCAACAAUCGUAUCUUGGUGUUGGCAAGUGCUUUCGCCGAUGGUUACUCUGUUGAGAAGGUUCACCAACUCACCAAGAUCGACAGAUGGUUCCUCACCAAGUUGAAGGAUAUCAUCGAUCUCGAAAUCACCAUGACCAAGAACUACAGAGAACAACAGUUGCCAGCCGAGUUGUUGAAGCAUGCCAAACAACAAGGUUUCUCUGACAAGCAGAUCGGUCGUGCCAUCGGUUCAACCGAGUUGGCCGUUCGUGAAAUGAGAAAGCAAAUGAACAUCACCCCGGUCGUCAAGCAUAUCGAUACUGUUGCUGCCGAGUUUCCAGCUCAGAACAACUACCUCUACAUGACUUACAACGCCAGCACCAACGAUAUCGACAUCAACGAGAAGGCAUACAUUACACUCGGUUCCGGAUCCUACCGUAUCGGUUCAUCCGUAGAGUUUGAUUGGUGUGCAGUUUCCUGUAUCCGUACGCUCAGAAAGCUCGGACAGAAAUCAAUCAUGAUCAACUUUAACCCAGAGACAGUCUCUACCGAUUACGAUGAAUGCGACUACCUCUUCUUUGAGGAGCUUUCAUUGGAGCGUGUUUUGGAUAUCUACGAGCGUGGAGGUCCAGACUCAACCAACGGUGUUAUCUUGUCGGUCGGUGGUCAGAUUCCAAACAACUUGGCCAUCCCUCUCUCAAGAUGCAAUGUCAAGGUUCUCGGUACUCACCCAGAUAUGAUUGACAGCGCUGAGAAUCGUUACAAGUUCUCACGUCUUCUCGAUACCAUCGGUAUUGAUCAACCACUCUGGAAGGAAUUGACCUCGGUCAAUGACACCAAAGAGUUUUGUGAAUCCGUUGGAUUCCCAUGUUUGGUACGUCCAUCCUAUGUAUUGUCUGGUGCCGCCAUGAAUGUCGUCAAUUCAUCGAGCGAACUCGAGUCGUUCCUCACUGAGGCUGCCGCUGUCUCACGUGACCACCCAGUCGUUAUCUCCAAGUUUAUCCAAGAGGCAAAGGAGAUUGAAAUCGACGCCGUCGCUGACAAUGGUCAAAUCGUAUUGUUUGCCAUCUCUGAGCACGUUGAGAAUGCCGGUGUUCACUCUGGUGACGCCACACUUGUCUGCCCAGCACAAGAUCUCGACAACAACACCAUCACCAAGAUUGAAGAUACCGCUCGUAAGAUUGCAGCUGCUCUCUCAGUGUCUGGUCCAUUCAACAUUCAAUUCAUUGCCAAGAACAACGAGAUCAAGGUUAUCGAGUGUAAUCUCCGUUGCUCCAGAUCAUUCCCAUUCGUCUCAAAGACAUUGAAUGUCGACUUUAUCGAACUCGCCACCAAGAUUAUCAUUGGUUCCGCCUACAAGACUCCACAAUUGGAUGAAUGCAACUUUGUUGGUGUCAAAGUACCACAAUUCUCAUUCAUUCGUCUCAAGGGUGCUGAUCCAGUACUCGGUGUAGAGAUGGCAUCCACCGGUGAAGUCGCUUGUUUCGGUAACACUCGUGAGGAAGCAUACAUCAAAGGUUUGAUCUCCACCGGAUUCCGUUGUCCAGAGAAGAAUGUUCUCCUCUCGAUCGGUCCAUUCAAGGAGAAGAAUGAAUUCCUACCAGCCGCUCGUAAGUUGGUCGAUCUUGGUUACGCCCUCUUUGGUACCAAGGGUACCUCUGAUUUCUACCAAGAGAACGGUGUCCCAAUUACCCAACUCGACUGGGAUGAAGAGGUUCUCGGUGACAACAUCACCAAGAAACUCACUGACAACAUUCAUUUGUUCAUUAACUUGCCAUCGAAGAACAAAUACCGUCGUCCAUCUUCUUUCAUGUCUCGUGGUUACUCUUUGCGUCGUGUUGCCAUCGAUUUCAAUGUACCAUUGAUUACCAAUAUCAAAUGCGCCAAAUUGUUUGUCGACUCGAUUCCAUUCAUGCGUGGACCAAUGGCUUUGGACAAGGUUGAUUGUCGUUCAUCCAACAAGACCAUCAUCUUGCCAGGUCUCAUCGAUGUCCACGUCCACUUGCGUGAGCCAGGUGCCACCCACAAAGAAGACUGGGAAUCAGGUACCGCCAGUGCAUUGGCCGGUGGUUUCACCAUCGUCGGUGCCAUGCCAAAUACCAAUCCACCCAUUAUGAAUGCCGAAACAUUCGAGCUCUGCUCCAAGUUGGCUGCUGCCAAAGCUCACUGCGACUAUGGUAUCUACGUCGGUGCAACCUUCACCAACACUCAGACCGCUGCUUCUCUCGCCAACGAAUCAAUGGCAAUGAAGAUGUAUCUCGAAGAAACAUUCGCUCCACUUCCAUUGAAGGAUGACAUCAACGCCUGGAGAGAUCACGUCAUGAACUGGCCAGGAACUACACCAAUCUGUGUACAUGCCGACGGUCGUAACUUGGCUGCCGUCAUGAUGCUCGGUUGGAUGUACAACAAGCACAUCCACGUCUGUCAUGUCUCACACAAGGAGGAGAUCGACUUGAUUCGUGACGCCAAACUCAGAGGAAUGAAGAUUUCCUGUGAGGUCAGUCCACAUCACUUGGUGCUCACCACCGAAGAUAUCCCAAGAAUCGGAGAGGGACAAUCGGAAGUACGUCCAAGACUCGGAACUCCUGAGGAUCGUCAAGCUCUCUGGGACAAUAUUGACUACAUCGAUAUGAUCGCCACCGAUCACGCUCCACACACCUACGAGGAGAAGUGCUCUGCCAAGCCACCACCCGGUUUCCCAGGUCUUGAAACUUCGCUCCCAUUGAUGUUGAACGCCGUUCACCAAGGUCGUCUCACUCUCCAACAACUCAAGGAGAAGAUGCACGACAAUCCAAUCAAGUUGUUCAGUUUGCCAGAGCAACCAGAUACCUACAUUGAAGUCGACAUGGACGAAGAGUACGCCAUCGGUAAGCCAGAGUACUCACGUUGUGGAUGGACUCCAUUCGAAGGUGUCAAAGUCCGUGGACGUGUCGUUCGUGUUGUGUUGAGAGGUAAACUCGCCUAUCUCGAUGGAAAGGUUUUGGCACCAGCCGGAUACGGUAAGAAUGUCAGAGACAUGUUGCCACUGAAACCAGUCGCUGCUCAAGUCGCUGCCACCUCUGUUGUCAACACCCCAUCGGUAGAACUCUCACCAAAGAGACGUCCACUCCAAAUCAGCAAAGACGGAAGUGGAAUCCCACCACAACCAUUGAUUGGAACCUCGAUGAAGAAGGACGAUGCCAUCCAGCUCUUACACCCACAAACCGAUGGAUCACUCUUUGGAAAGCACAUCUAUACCGUCAAGCAAUUCAAUCGUAAGACUCUCCAUCAGAUCUUUGGUUUGGCUCACGAAAUGAGAUUGCAAGUCAAGAAGUCCGGUGGAUCCAAUAUCCUCGCCGGAAAGAUCUUGGCAACACUCUUUUACGAACCAAGCUCACGUACUCAAUGCUCAUUCACAGCCGCCUUUGAACGUCUCGGUGGUAAAUGUAUUUCAAUCGACUCUGUCUCAUCCUCGGUUGCCAAGGGUGAGUCACUCCCAGACACCAUUCGUACUUUGGAGUCGUAUGCCGACGCCAUCGUCCUCAGACAUCCACAGGUAGGUUCCGUAGAGACCGCUAUCAAGUUUGCCAAGAAGCCAAUCAUCAACGGUGGUGAUGGUAUUGGAGAGCAUCCAACUCAGGCAUUGCUCGAUGUAUUCACCAUUCGUGAGGAACUCGGAACUGUCAAUGGAUUGACCAUCACUUUGAUCGGUGAUCUCAAGAACGGUCGUACCGUCCACUCACUCGUACGUUUACUCUCAUUGUAUCAAGUUAAAUUGAAUUACGUAUCACCAAAAUCAUUGGCCAUGCCAGAGGAGAUCGUCAAGGAGUUGGAGGCACGUGGAAUUCAACAACAACAAUUCGAAAAACUCGACGCCGUCCUUCCAACCACCAAUGUACUCUAUGUCACUCGUGUCCAAAAGGAACGUUUCACCGACUUGGCUCAAUACGAAGCUGUCAAGGAUUCUUUAAUUAUCACACCACACACCCUCACCAAGGCCAUGGACAACAUGAUCGUCAUGCACCCAUUGCCACGUGUCAACGAAAUCUCUGUUGAAGUCGAUUCCGACCCAAGAGCUGCUUACUUUAGACAAAUGGAAAAUGGAAUGUACGUCAGAAUGGCUUUAUUAGCUUCCAUUUUGGGUAAACAAGAUUAA